AUGGCUGGGCAGCCAACAAGGCCAGUGAUCCCGCGAAAACGCAACAGAAGACGCAAUCGGCGCGCAGCCUCUUCAUCCUCAUCGUCCGACUCGUCCUCAGAUUCCGACUCUGAUGCUCAGCCCCCCAAGAAGCCUGCACCUACACCGGCACGACUUCCAAUACAAGAACCUUCCUCAAGCUCAGACGAAUCGUCUUCCGACUCAGAUUCGUCAUCUGACAACGAGAGCGUAGCCAGACCUCCCAGUGCGCCCCACGCAGAUGCAGGUCAGCGGAGAGGUGCAGGGCCCAACGCUCCGGCAAAACGGGCUCCUUCGCCUGCUCGUGCUGUCUCUGCGAUUCCGGCGUUCCCGAGCGAUGGUGCAUCAGAACAAGAAAAGCAGGAUGAGCAGGUGCUGCGGGACCGUUUCAGGAAGUUCUGGAUGACGUCUGUCGCGGACGCGUUCAAGGACGACUUGGAGGAAAUUCGGAAGGAGCCUAACCUCACCACUUCACGCCUCACCUUGCUUAUCGACUCUCUUGCGUCAGGAGCGGACGUGUUCACGUCGUCUCGCGGGGCAUCCGGAAACGACGUUAACGAGAUGGAGGUGGUACUGGACCACACGUCUCAAUGA